AUGAUGGCUGUGUUCAGGGCGACGAUAUUGGCGUUGUUUCUGCUGCAGUGUAGCACGAAGGCGUUUGCUCCAGGCCAAGUUAAAAUAGUAGCACAGCGCGUGAACGCACAACCUCCAGUUUCAUGGGGAUUCGAGAAUCACGCCGCCAUCCAACCGAAUGCCCUCUUUGCUGCCGACGAGGAUAGCAACGAAAACGAAGCUGAAAUUUCCGACAACUUUGAUGCGGAAGGCUUUGGAGGGUAUUUGGCUCCCUACGCACUGGCAGCUCUGGCUUCGGUCGUUGCUACAGGUGCUUUUGUCAAAUUUGUUCUGUUGGAUUAUUGA